AUGUUUAGUUAUGAUGUAAAAUUUUUCACAAUCGACGAUUCAGUAUUAUAUGUGAAAAAUAAUGACUUAAAAAGUUACAAAUAUGAAGUUAAGAAAAAAGUUGACGAAUCUUUAUACGAGAGUGGAAAGCGAACUUAUUGUGAAAAUCGCGGUGGAUAUCAUAGACCAGCUAAAUUGAACCAUAUUAGGCAACUAGAAUCAAAACUAAGAGAUUGGACAGUAAUAGCGUGUGAGUGGAGAAGUGACACACUUGCGACAUUAGUAUUUUCUUCAGGAGUCUUAGCUCAUCUUUCCAUAAAACCCAACACACUUGAUGUAAUACAAGUACUCUUUGACAGAUAUUGUAUAGGAAAAUUAAUAGGACACACAGUUACUAAUGUUGUUUUAUCUUCAACUCACAUAUUAUAUGUUCAUCCGGAGCACAGAGAUCCUCAUAUACAAAGUGUAGAACUUGCUGGAAGUAAUCGCAAAAUUGACAGACAUGUGUCUUGGUGUCAAAGUAAUGCUGGUGUUAAGUUAUUGGUCUGGAGUAAUAAUAUAGCUGAUCCAGCACCAUGGAGUCCCCUAAUGGAGGACCAUGCUAACUUACAUCUCUAUUAUAUUGAAGGACAGGAAGUAUCACUAAUUGCUUUUCAACAAGUUGAGAAUGAGGUUUUAUCUGCAGAACUGUCCAACAAACAUCCUAACAUUGUUCAUGUUAUUGAACAAAUUUCAAGUCAUAAGAAUGGCAUAAAUCUCUCUUGGUUGAGGUAUGAUGUGCCAAAAGGAGAUAGAGUGGCACAGCUUUUACUUCACCAAAAUAUAACUCAAGUGACCUUGCCGUCCCCUGUUAGAGUUGCACGGAGAUCACCAUGCGACUUAAGACUUUUGGUUGCAAGUAUAGAUGGUACUUUACACAUUAUAAAUCACAUAGCUGGACUGACUCACUCAAUAAAAGCUGGUUUUAUACCUACUGAUGUACUGUGGGCCGGUGAACUAAUUAUUGCUAGUGAAGAGAAUGGCAGACUGCAGUGUUUUGAUAGGGCACUAUCUGCGUUACAUCAUCACACUAAAUGUUUGGAUCUGUCUUCUUACCUACGGGAUACAAGAAGAAUCCAAAUACUUGGAACACGGAGGUUUAAAAGUGGGCCAAUGAUUUUACUUACUUUCUCCGGUGGUCCACUGACACUUCUUCGUAUAAGUCAUCCACAUUUAAUAACGGCAUGGUUACGUUCCGGGCGUCCUAAUGCUACUGUGGAUCUGCUCCAAACUUAUGACUGGGUUGAAGAAGGUGAUGUGUGUCUACAUGGAAUUAGUGAAGUCGUUAUCAACGCUCUACGUGGUAACACCUUUGACCUCAAUGCCGAGAAUGCUAUACAGGGUGCUCUAGGUGUAUAUUUGGCACCGGCGGCGCCAUUACCAAUAUCGGCGAGUAAAUACGCACCCCCUAUUCAUGAUCUGGCUAGAAAAUUCUUUCAUCACUUAUUAAGACGAGGUCGUAUAGAGAAAGCAAUGAGCCUAGCAGUAGAGCUGGAAGCGUGGGAUCUAUUCUCUGACGCGCAGUGGGCUGCUAUGCGUACGGGACAACGUCAUCUAGCACAGGAGGCUGCAUCUCUCGCUGCACAUUAUGCGCCUCGAUCCUCCCACCCAGGGUCAGAAUGUUCAGAAUCAUGUUCACAAUGCAGUUCAGGUUCGUGUUCGGAAUCAGAAGAAGAACACAAGGACAUUAGAAAGACGAAUCCACCGCCACUGCCACGCGUCAGUUUGCCCCCACAACCAACCAUAUUACCUGUACCUGUCACACAUAACCCUCCGUCCACCAAUAGUAUACGACCAAAUUUACACCAGUAUUUAGAAAGAGACAACACCAUAUGGAAUACCAAUGUCAAAGAUGACACAUACAUCGCUAAUCUUAUUGAACCCAAACCAUCGAAAUCUUCAAAUAUGCGAUGGAAUAGCGUAGAUAACGUGUUAAACUUCAAGAUGAGUGGGACUAAAAUUAGUGAAGGAAUCGUUAAACCCACUACAGAUUUGGUGGCAAAAUCUAGUGAUAGAAUGGUGCCAACUCAUUUUAAUCACCUGUUUCGUUCAGAGAUUAAAAAUGACAUCCCAAAUACAUAUAGAUAUAGCAGCAAUAUACAUGUGGGUAAUAGCAAUUUCAACGAAAGAUACAGGCAGGAUAAUACAGUGUGGCCUGGAAGCCGUCCUGCAGAAAGGAAUAAAGUUAAAUUCUCCGACACAAUUACUAUAGCUGUUGUUCCAGACCAACCCCAGUCGGAGGUAGCGAAAGAACUAGCCGACAGUCUGCCGUUAUGCCCUCCAAAUAAAUACCUUGCUGCGUUCGCACCUCACGGCAGUCCGUCGCAGGCGCAAUUCGCUAACGAAUCGCGAAGAGCACCCCUUGAGGGUGAAGCCCCACGCAAUACGCCAAAAGUGAAAGUGGUUCACUUUGGUAUGGUAUGA